AUGUCAAGUCUAAUGUCAAGUUUGGUUGUGCAAUGGCUGUUACGAAAUGAGUCGUCGUCUCAUGAAAAUCACGCUAUUCAACCUCGAAAAUAUGACACUGCUCAAUCUGUCGCGGCCAAUUCGGCUAACUCGGCAGCGGGCUCUUGGAUCAUUGAUCCAUUGCCUGCCCUUCAACGGCGUGGUCUAAUCGCGAUCGGUGCUUUAGCAUUCAUUUCACUCAUUUCAACGUUCUCUUUGUUAUGUUUCUUCACCUACCGUUUCAUCUUCUGGAAAAAGUAUUAUAAGCGAUACAUCGGAUAUAACCAAUAUGUCGUCUUGAUGUACAAUCUGGCUCUGGCCGACUUCAUUCAAGGCCUUGGAUUCAUCGUUAGUAUCCGAUGGAUCAGUCAGAAUUCUAUUCAUGCAGAAGACCCCGCAUGCUUCCUUCAAGGAAUCUGGCUGCAGAUCGGAGAUCCGAUGAGUGGUAUGUUUGUGCUAGCUAUUGCCUUGCACACAUUUAUGCAUGUUAGCUUGGGUCGCCAAAUGAGUCACCGGGUGUUUGUUUCGAUCGUUGUCGGGCUCUGGGUUUUUGGCGUGGUCCUUGUUAUCAUUCCCAUUGCGAUUUAUGGGCAACACGUCUGGAUGCCGUCCGUGGCAUGGUGUUGGAUGACCACACAGCACCCUACCCUUCGCCUCUUCACUCAUUACAUUUGGAUCUUCGCCGCCCAAUUCUUCAACGUUGUCCUCUACGCCAUCAUGUUCGUUCAGCUGCGACGCAAAAUAUCACAGUCGAAGAUUCUGGGAGCCAGUUACACAGAGAGCCUCAAGCGUCUCAAUCGAGUCGUCUCUUAUAUGGUGCUAUACCCGAUUGUAUACAUCUUAUUGACACUCCCUUUAUCCGCUGGUCGAAUGGCCUCAGUGAGCGGAACAUCACCAAGUGUCACAUACUUUUGUGUCGCUGGUGCCAUGAUGACUCUUUCCGGCUUCUGUGACGUGCUCCAAUAUACUUUGACACGCAAGAGUAUUGUACUGGAGUCAGAGACUCGCUCGAAGGACGUCUCUCGCGAUAAAUCAAAACAAGGCUAUGGCAAUAUUUAUUCCAACAAAUCGGAGGACAAGGGUCAUUUUACCACUGUCUGUGCUGCCCAGAAAGGGAAUAGUUCCACCGAAGCGAUCGUUUAUGGGGAAGAGGUUGAACUCACCACUGUGGAUCAAGUAUUCCAACACACAACGAUCACGGUCACACAUGAGCCUGCAUUUUACCCAGGCUAG